CUUCGCGACAUUAGGCCUCAGUGACUCUCAUUCCCGUGAACUGUCUCGUCAAGAAUGUUAAGGUGAAUCUCGUACUAUUUCGCUCUCUAUUCCACAUGUCUUCGCAUCAGACGCGUCUUUCGUCGAAGCAGCACCCACGACGCGUGGACUUCACAUCCCAGCAAGAUGGAGGCAUCGGCCUGGGUGCGGCUACGCAUCUCGAAUGCUGGACCGCGGGCUCCCCCACUGUUCCUAAAAACCUCAUUCAUAUCACGAAAGUACACAAUAUACGUCACGGAUCUCAGCCGCGUUUGGUCUGAGCAGCUGGACGAGCAUGCUAUCAAAGAGCGCGGUACUUCAGAGGACAAUCACUUUGGAAAUAUCGACGAGUCGAAUUUCGCUGAUCUUCUGGAGACGGUUGCCUCCGCCCUCGAGCAGUCCAACGGAAAUAGCCACAAGAUCAUCCCAGAGGGUACCGAUGAGCUAAUCCUACAGGCAAAGCUGGUCUUGCCUGAGCCUCUGGACCCCUUCAAUUGGAAGUUUCACCUCGAACUUCUCUCGUCAGAAGACAUAAGCAAGCAAUUGACGCUGCCACUUCUUGCCUCAUCGUUCACGCACAGAAGCCAGAUAAAUGACUUGGUCCAUAAUCUUCAAGAGAAAGACAAAGUUAUCUCCAGACUCCUCGAUCAGCUAGAUUCAAUCAAUGUUGGCCUGUCAACCGUUUUUCCCAGUAUCACUGGGUUGAGAGCCUCCAAAAAGACCAUUAAGCGGGACCAAGCAGCCAAGCACGUACCCGGGCUUCGCACCUUCAACGAAGAUGAGUGGCGCUCAACCUCGAGAUUAUGCACCGUCACGCCAUCGACGAUAGAUGAAGUGAUGGAAAAUAUGGCUACUGAUGUGCAUGUGGGUCUUUUGGGCGAUGUAGAGAUCGGAGAUCAAGACAAUCUUUGGUGGACCCAUCUCAGCGAAUUCUCCCAAUCGAAAGAGGUUGCUGGGUCUACUAAAGCUGAAUCAAUCGAAGAUGAGGCCAUGGAAACCGAAGAUGAUGGCGAUGAAUUCCAGAGACAAGCCACGCCACCCCACCUAAAGAAAACCGAAACACGUGAGAACGUGAAAUCAAACUUUUGCCCCCACCAGAAGAAUCACCGCCAGGACCUUGAGAACGAGGACGAUUCCGGCGACGAGACGACGGAAGACGAGGAUUUGGACGCUCCGCCGAAGGCAAUCAAGCAGGAGCCAUUAUCCCAAAACCCAACUGAGCACAUAACGAAAUUAAACAUCGACAAUCAAGUACCAGUAGAGAUUUCGGUACCACCAAAGCCUCGGAGCAGAUUCACGAUUGGCAAACCAAAGAAGGCACCUACACUAGAAAGCACGCCACAGCAAGAGCAGGCGGAUGCCAUACCAAGCUUGCGUGGACAGCCCGUAUCCGACGAGAGCGCACCCACUAGAGGAAGCUCUAUUCCGCCUAAACCCGCGCGGAGUCGUUUCAAGAUUGGCGGGAAGAAGGAUGACGCAACGCAUUCGAGAGGAGCAACGCUCUCUCGCACACCAGACCCACAUGCAGUUGUUGAUCACGAGAGUAGCAGCGGUCGGAGCAUGGCCUCGACAACAAAACCCCGCGUAUUAGAUGACCCUCCGCAGGAUAAUUCUACUGGAUCUGAGAGCAAAGUGGAAGCGGCACCUCUGAAGCCGAAGGCUCGGACGCCAGAACCAGAAACAGCUGAGGAGAUCGCCGACCGGAGGAGGCGAGAGUUAAAGCGGUUUCAGGAGACCAAACCUGCCCCAAAGAAAAAGAGGAGGUUAUAGUUGAAUUACAAGUGUUGCACAUGGACUCACCUAGUGUAGAACGGGCUUUUCAGAGGCGAGGUGAGUCCAUGGUCGGCUAUUGAUGCCGAUGGAAUGAAAUACAGUUGUAGGUAGUUAAGAUUGCAUGUCCAGAUCGGAAGGUUUGGGAUCUUCGCAUUCUUCCCAAGUGAAAAGGCAUGAUUAGUAGCCCUCAAAUAUGGACACUGUGACUGGUAGGUCGGAUGAAGCGUGGCAGAAAUGUGAAUGGCCUAGUGCGCAUUGCACUACAAGAAGAAUCGGUGAACGUGGCUUAUGCUAUAGGUGUCAUUUUUUUUUUUGAAACUAGGGAUAGUAGUCACUACCAGACGCAAAAGUCCAUCGUGGGAGCCGCUGGUGAGCAUC